AUGGAGGAGCCGCCUGCCGACAAGCAGUCAGGGGAGAUGACUGAAGGUACCGAAGAUAUCCGGGGAGAUACUGGAGAUCCUGACGCAGGGCAACCCGCAGCUGAGGUUGCUGCGCCUGACGGUGCUGUCCAGCCGCUCGAGAUGCCUUGCUCGCAGGAGCCUCCACCCCAGAACACCGACAAAGGGGCUCAAACUGAGGGCAUGCCAGAGGAGGGAGCGCCUUUGCCGCCAACUGACGUUGCUGCGGCCGAUGACGCCCCCAGCGGGGAAGGGUCAGCGCUCGACAAGGCCGUGCAGGCGUUCUCGCCCGCAGCGGCGGUGGCUGCUGACGCAUCUCAUGAGGAUAACGUGGAGCCGCCAGUGCCCACUGCAGCCAAGCCACAAGCCGAGGAGGACUGCAUCGGGCCUCAAACUCUGCCGAACACCCUGGAGCAUCCCGCUCACUACUCAAUCUGA